AACCGAAGCAUGAGUAUUGAAAAACGAUGGUUUGCACCAUUGAUAAUCAAUAUUUUAUUUACGCAUCUUUAUUUGUGUAAAUGAAAAAAAAAGGUUGAAGUGUUUAUUGUUUAUACAUAUUGUUCAAUUUUCUUUAUUAUAUGUGUAUAUUUAUGCGUGAAAACAUAUACAGUAAUUGGAGGUACAGUUUAACGUUGAUCGAAAUAGGAUCGAUAUUUUCAUGCUACGACGUCGUAGUUGUUAACUAUUAAUUCUCAAUGAAAAUAACUUCAGCUGCUCUAUAUAGACAUACAAUCUGCCAUAUUGUUCGAGUGUUCUUGACAAACGAUGUCUCUUAUUUUUGACAUAGUGAAAACGUUAAUAAAAAUGAUCAGAUCAACUUCAUGUACUCUUACACUAUGAAAUUUGAAAAUGUUUAAAUUGAUAAGGUGAUCCAAGCAAGGACGAUUUCUAUUUCAAAGGAUUUCAAAUUUUAGGUGAAAUAUAUGAUACUAUUGCAUUAGAAUUCAUCUGUUUCAUGUUGUAGGAAAGAAAAUAGUUAUGAGCUACUUUACUAUAUUGCGUUUCAAGAAAACUACAACUUUAAAUAAAUAUUUAUUAGAAAAAUGUUUGAAACAAUAUUUAACAUAUCAUGGAAGUGUAUAUUCCACUGGAAUUAAUAAUCAUCAUAAAAAUUACGUUUCUAAGAAUGAACGUAUUCGAAAAUCGCAAAUAUUUCAAAACAUUAAACAUACUAAACGAAAAGUAGAGGAAAUUAUAGAAAGGGAAAAUAUUUGGACAGUACCAAACUUACUUUGUAUGGGUAGAAUUAUAACAUCACCUUAUUUAAGUUACUUAAUUUUGUCACAGGAUUAUCAGGUAGCAUUGUGGCUUUUAAUAAUUGCAGGAUUAAGUGAUUUGGCAGAUGGAUGGAUUGCACGUACAUGGACAUCUCAAGCUUCAAAACUUGGUAGUUUUUUGGAUCCAGUUGCAGAUAAAUUACUUGUUGGUACAUUGUUCUUCUCAUUGGCAUCGGUAGGAUUGGUUCCUGUUCCUUUAACAUGUCUGGUAAUUUCGAGGGAUGUUGCCUUGGUUUCUGCUGCUUCAUACAUAAGAUAUCGUUCUUUACCUCCACCAAAAACCCUGACAAGAUAUUUUGACCCUACACAUGCAACUGUACAGUUGGCUCCAACAUAUAUAAGUAAAAUUAAUACUGUUAUUCAAUUGUUUUUUGUUGCUGGAACUUUGGCUGCUCCUAUAUUUCACUUUGUAAAUCAUCCAAUGUUAGGAUGCCUGUGUUAUAUCACAGCAUUAACAACAUUAGCAGGUGGUCUAAGCUAUUUAAAAUCAAAAAAUACAUAUAAAUUAUUAAGUAAAAAAACUUGAAGAAAACCAUCUUGUUAAAUGUAUCAUAUAUAUUCUACUAUUAAUCAUAAGAAAUAAAAUGUUACCAUGUUUUAUAGA